CUUAGUCGAAACGCUACCAGAUCUUGGGCCCUGGCAAAUAUGUUUCAAGCUUCAAGAAGGAGAAGAAGGGUGGCACGCGCUUGUGAUGUAUGCCGUAUGCAAAAGAUCCGCUGCGAUGGUGUUUCGCCUAUUUGUGGCUCGUGUGAGCGACGGAAAGCGCGGUGCUCUUACAACGGCGAGGAUCCGAAAAAGACCCAUGAUCACCGGUAUAAUUUUCGAUUGAAUGAUCUUAGUUCAAACAAUUUAUCUACCAGUCCCCGCCCGCAGCUGCUUCAAAAUCAUAGAGUUGAUGGAAACCAUCUUCCUGCUCGACUUGCAGAUCGCCAAGCACAGGGAGAAAUCGAAGCCGAUAAUGUAUCGACUGACCCAGGGCCAAUAUCUCUGCUGGAAUCCGAGCUGCUGCAACCACUUGCCGAAAGCGACAACGGGACUACGGCAACGGGUAUAAUCGCGGGGCAUGCUAGUCACUCGAUUGAGCAAGAUCAGUUCUUUGGAGACUCGUCAAUCGCGUCCUUCUUGAGGCAGAUUCAGGAUGCUGCAGAAAACGAAACUGUUCCUUUUUGCCUGCCGAGUAUAGCUGCACAGUCAUUUUCUGCGGCCCCAACACCCAAAGCAGUUGAUCUGCCGCCACGAGAAUUAGCGGACUACCUCCUAGAUUGCUACUAUGAGAAAAUUCAUACUCUAUAUCCGUUUUUCCACAGGCCUGCCUUUACUCGCGCAUACAGCGCUUUAUGGACGCCCGGGCCUACAACGGAUGCGAAUGACUUUGGAAAACGAGUCGGCUUAGGAGACCCAAGUGUGCCCUGGCCGAUAUUUCAUGCCGGGCUGAACAUUAUUCUAGCACUGGGCUGCCAAUUCUCCUCAUUGGAUAGAGUGACGCGCGAAGCUACCGCGGAUGCGUUCUUCCAGCGCUCCCAGAGGUUCUUAAAUGGCAUCUCCAUGGAUAAAGGGACUUUGGCUCUUGUCCAGACACUUUUACUGAUGUCAUCUUAUCUGCAAGGAAGCGAGUCCCCGGCACGAGCGAGUAGCAUGAUGUUGGGCCGCCCGCCCAUGAUCCAGGAUUCGGCGGUCCCUCUCCCAGACGCUAUCGAUGAUGAGGCCCUCGAUCAACCGAACCUAGUUUCCAGGUUACCACCCACAGCCUUAUCAAGAACAGAAUUCUACGUGCGCACAUUGCAACUGUAUCAAAUCCUAAGGCAAAUCCUAGCAAGGAUCUUUGCGCCCUGGGAAGGUAGACAGGAGAACCUAGCGGAGCAGCCUCAGGCUGAAAGCAGUCAAGCUAGAAAUGUGAUGGAGCUAGAAGUAGAGCUAUUGGCUUUUAAGUCAGGCCUUCCGGUAGAACUGAAUUGGCGAAAUGGAGAGAUACCGGCCAAUACCACUAAGCAAUAUUCGCGCGAAAGUUGCUUGCUAAGAGCGAGAUUCCUGCAGUAUAGAAUUCUUCUACUGCGCCCUACCUUGAUCCGAUUCUGUCGGCAAUUUCGAGUCUCACAUGCUGCCGCACUGCCGGAAGCGUCUUCCUCAGAGUUGCCGAGCGAGAUCUUUAUGGAUUUCAGGCUCAGCUGCUCUAUAAAUUGCGUCAAGGCGGCCAUCGAGCUGAUACGUCUUAUGAAUGAUACCUCGACAACUGAGCUGGCCAGUGUGUGGUGGUAUAGUGUAUUCUAUACCUUUUCCGCCGGAAUCGUUCUUGCCCUAGCUCGGACAUGCUCCGCUAUCAAAGCCAAGUUUGCAGAGCAGACUUUGGAGGAAUCCUGGAAAAGCUGCUCCGAGUGCCUAGAAAAGAUGAGUUCACUUACAAGAUCUGCUGAGAUCGGCAGCCAGAGUCUCAACAAGGUCUUGUCCCUCCUUAUGCAGGCUCAGCAUGAUCCAUCUAUCAUCAACCCAGCUAUCGGUCAAGAACACAGAUCACAGCCUCAAAGCCAGGACAUGCAUUGCGAGGCUUCGGUAAUUGACUUACCUGCGCCUUCGGCAAUGGAUUGCGGGGAUUUUCUCGGCUUGGAUGAUGAACAGUGCUUUCUCGGUAUGCCGGGUUCCGACAUUUUCACCUACCUGCUGGGUGAACCAGGUUUGGCUGGGUCAAUAGAUAAAACGAUGGGUGACGAGCUUUGGCCUACGGCACCUUUGUUUCUGUGA